CACAGUGCUGUAGAAGCGCACAGGGAGAAGAUCAGGAAGCACCUGCUCCCAGGGAGGUGGAGAAAAACUCUCAUUAAAAGAAAAAAAAAAGGAAAAAUAAAAUCCCAAAUCCCGGCUUCUAUAGUGACUCGUAACCCUGCGCUAUCAGAUCAACUCUGAAAAAAAGAAAAAAGAAAGAAAAAAGCUUGCCUCUCCAUGCUUGAGCGCGUGAAGAACACGGCACUGGAGUCGCUUUGGUGUGUGAAGUCCAUAUGAGGGGAGAAGCUCAUCUGAGGGGCCUCAGACAGCACUGAUAACUAUGCGCGUGCUCGCUUUGGACGCUUCGCCACACACUCGGACGCUUGGUCCGGGAGCCGUUACGCACGAGCGCACUCGUACUUGUGCAUGAACCCGCUUCCCCUUCUGUCUGUCGCUGAAGCAGAAAAGUCCAGCUCGCGCUCCCCGCCACCGACAGUGGCAAAAACUUGUAGUCACGCGCGUUUAUCUGCGCCACGCAAACUGGCGCGCGCAAAAGAAGGGAUGCCGGUCAGGCGUGGCUUGGGUUUUUGAAUAUCCAAUUUGAUAAUGCACGGGGAGUAUGUGUAUAAAAAGGCUGAUUGGAGACGAUAAGAGGGCAUCAGCGAGGUUUGAGUAGUAGCGACGGAGCGUGGAUGAAGCUGAGCUUGUGAGUGGGCAUGUGCUGUCUGACUCUCUGAAUCGUGUCACACUCACACGGGCACCAUGACAGAGGUCGGAGGAGUCCUCGGCACCAUCGAUCUGGAUUUACCGAGUUUCACAGCGCUCGGGAACACGCCUCUGUCCGACUCGCCGGCCGGGUUGAACGAGCGCCUCGGGCUGAUCGAGGGCAGACUGCGGCGCGGCUCUCUCACGGACUUCGAUCAUCUCAAAGGGAUCCUGCGCAGGAGGCAGCUGUACUGCAGGACCGGCUUCCAGCUGGAGAUCUUCCCCAACGGCACAGUGCACGGCACCAGACAGGACCACAGCAGAUUCGGUAUCCUGGAGUUCAUUAGCCUGGCUGUGGGGCUGGUCAGCAUAAGAGGGGUGGAUGCCGGACUUUAUCUGGGAAUGAAUGAAAAAGGAGAACUCUAUGGGUCGAAAAAGCUGACAGCAGAGUGUGUCUUCCGUGAGCAAUUUGAAGAGAACUGGUACAACACUUACGCAUCUACGCUGUACAAACAUGCAGACACCGGGAGGUACUACUAUGUGGCCUUGAACAAGGACGGUUCGCCUCGAGAAGGCGGCAGGACUAAAAAGCACCAGAAGUUGACUCACUUCCUGCCCAGGCCUGUGGAGAUCGAGAAGAUCGCCCAGGCGUACAGGGAUUUGUUCCAGAACAGGUGACCAAAAGUCCAGCCAGCGCUGGAGGAGCGGGGAGGGGUGAAGGGGAAUCAGAGAAAGUUAUGGUUUACGGAGACCCUCCUUUUCUUCCCUCACGACUGUUUAGAUUUGCCUUCUGGUCCAAAGCAAGGAGUCCCUCUCCAGCGGUGACUGAGAUAAACAGUACGUGUGUGUUCCUGGAUGGAUCUGUUUCCUCUCCUUAAUGGGUUUUAAACCACAGUGCAGAGAGGACAUUCCUCCAUCCACCACCAGUGCCAAGAGGUUUCUGAGGGAGAGGUGUUGACUUCAGGGGCCUCAUGGUGUCAUGCAACCACCUCAUCCUUAGAUAACUUGGUACUCGCUCAAAAAUUGCCGAGGAACCACUCACGAUGGAAAGAACCACUUGUGAGCUAGGCUCCAGUUUUGGUCUUGGCCAUUUCAGUAUGUCUUAAACAUUUUUAUGUCUCACAUCCGCAAGCCAGUUGAAACUUGGAUGCUUAUCGCUUCUUGCAACAUUAGCACCACUGAACUCAAGCAUAGGCGCUAAUCCCACUGUAAGUGUCUUUGUAAACUCAUGCUCACCUUCAUAAUGCUGUAGGCAUGCACAGUGAGCAUUGCUAAGGGACCAUGGUGCUGAUCCUAUGGUGAAAGGAAAUUAUUAUGCGAACACUUAUUUAGGGGCUCUUUACAUGGUGGACAAGGACAAUUUCUUCCAAAGAUUAUACAGUAGCAUCUCAGUAAGAGAAACAUAAAAAAGAAAGAGUUUUUUUUUUAAUACAAAUGUAUAUUUAAGGACACUUGGUGAGACACAAGUGAGAGGUACUGCUAAGUAAUAAAACUGGCAAACUUAUGGAAACAAUCACUAAUAAAAAGCCAAACCAUAAAAGACUUCAGGGUUUUUUUAAGAUAAAGGCCUAAAAGACCACCAAAGAGGAACGAACACCUGUCAGGACAGAGUGGAAAAGACCAUCUCCAGUGUGAAACACGGAGAUAAAUUAGCACUUAGAGAAUCCACUCUGCAAUUUCACUCCUUUUCUUUUGAAGGUUAUAGAAAAGUCUGCUUGUUGACAGCUAAAAAAAUGAAUGCACUCUCUAGGGGGGAAAAGGAAUGAUAUUUCUAUUGAAACCAGGGAAAAGCUAUGGGAUAUGCAGAAAGGUUGCAGUGUGUUGGUCAACUGACAAGGUGUGACAUGUAAUGUAAGGCUGUCAGGAACAUUCUUAAAAUGUAAGUGACAAGUGUAAAUAUGGAUGAACCUAUUUAUAAGAUGUACAAUAUAUUUAUUUUCUACAUAUAAUGUAUAAUUCUAAAUCUUUAUAUAAAUAUAUUUAUUUAUUUCAAAGUCUCUAUUUUGUAAUGAACUUGAAAUUAUAAGAGUUGUAGAUUUACUGAAAAGGGCUAUCAGUUCGACAUGAAUGAACGACAAUAAAAUUGUCCUGCUAUUGAUUGUUCAGUGCGAGUGACCAUUUUUGCCUGAGGAUAAGUUUCUCUUAUAAUUAAAAUGUUCUAUGGAGAAGUAUUGAGUUGAUUUGUUCAUUGCAUUGAAAGUUUCUUCGAUCAGGACGGAUGUGUCUGAAAGAGCAAUGGUUAUUAAUCUAAAAUGAAGUAUGUUGGAGCUGCACAGUUACAGAAAAUACCUUCAGUGUAGAUCACAGCACUACACCAGGGAUGAAAGUCCAUCUGACAAAUGCCUACUGCUCCAGAGAAUGUGAAUUCCAGAGCAGAGCUGCAGCCCUGCGUAAUCAAUCUCUAUGGAGAUGUGGAUGAUGGCUGAUGAUGUAAAGAGACUGUUCUUGGCUCAGGAAACCUAUGAGAAAGUUCUCCCUAAACAGCCUGCAGAGGCAUAAAUCAAAAGUGUGCAGCAAGCAAAACAAUAAAAGGUGGGUCACUGGUUGACAAACCUGUUGAAAAAUAGGGCCUGAAGACUUUCUGGUGUACAAGAACAAUGAUUUUAAUAAAUGUUCCCUCCAAACAGAUCCAGAGCAUUGUUUUCUUGCACAUGGCGAGCUGAUUCUCACACUAAAACGCAAAACAAACUGGAAUCCUGGAUCUUAGAUAUGGAUAAUUUGUGAAAAUAUGAUCAAUUAUAUCAUCUGCUUCAUAUCGGCAUAACCAUGCUGGGAUACUUUUAGCAUUAAUGCAUAUUCACGCACCAUGAGAUCAGCAGUGGAGCUGAAGUACGUAGAUGAGGGGAACAGCUGCCUAGCGGCCAGGAGGAAUGUGUUGCAAAUGUAGCCUAGUGGUAAUCUCCGUAUAAGAAAG